ACGCGGGGACAAAGCUUUUGGGCUUGGGACAAAGCAAAGCGUGAGAGGGGCUGUUGGAAGGUGACCAUGGGGCUGCUGACUCUUGCUGAAUUUCUCUGAAUCCUUGUUAACCAUCCUUUAAUGCCCCUCACCAACCUCUUUUUCUGAGCAUCUUCCUUUGUCCAGUUUGUUCCUUUGACACCACAACCACCAGCACAAUGCCUUACCAGCUACCCUCUCUCGAGCAUGAGUGCAUCACGUCGCUGCUGCUCCACUCCAACUACGUCAAGGCCGCGCUGCAGCAGGUGGUCUCUGUAGAGCUGCGCGCGCAGAUCACGCGCCGCGUUAUCAUGAGUGGCAAGGUGACGGCCGUGCGGGUCGCGCUCAACACCUGGCCCAAGAAGACGCUGGCGCUGGGCGACCUGUGCUGCCGCGAGCGCCUCCUCUCGGACCACGCCCUGUCGAUGGAGGUGGAGAACGUCCUGCCGCAGCUGCUGUCUGUCAGCAUGGGCCGGCCGUCGUUUUCACCGCGCCCCGGGCAACUGGGCGGCUCUCCGCUCUCCGUGGGCUUCAUCAGCGCCCGCUUCCUGGAGAUGACGCUGAGCGAUCGGCCGGGCCAACUCCGCCACCUCGACAUGACCUACUACGGCAUGGUGACGCUACCCGAGCUGGAGCCCAUCCUGGACGCGCUCUUCGAGAUCAACCGCACCGACGCCGAGGAGGGAUGCCACAUCAAGGAGCCGUUCUCACUGUCGGUGGGCCUGGCCGUGUCUGCCGACCACGAGACUCGUGAGCUGGAGGCGGCCACCGUGAAGCUGGACUGGUUCCUGAAGAAGCAGUCGCAGCGGCGGGUGCGCUGUCAGCUGCGCAUCACCGGCCUGUUCUCCGGCGAGGAAGAGCUGCAAAAGCGUGCCCGCAGCCUGCUGAGACUCCUGGUGCGCCGCAGCUGCCCGAUCGAGGUGCUCAUCACCAACGGCUCCUCCGACUGGGGCCGCGGCGAGCAGGCCUCGCUGGUCGAGCGGCUUAACAACUUGCGACUGGUCGGUUCGGGCGCCUGCGACGCACGGAUUCCCAUGCAGCCGCGGCCGCGGCCGCAGCCGCCGGCACCCCUCCCCGUGGUGGCAGUCGUGCCGGAUGAACCGGAGGAGAUGCGGCGCCAGGAGCGCGUGUACGGCUUGGUGCUCUCCGGCUGCAGGAGGGGCGUGCCGCGCCGGAUCAAGGAGGCGUGCGAGCCGUCAGGCCCGCUGCGCUCGCUCUCCGUGUCGCGCAGCCUGCUCAGUCUGUUCGCGGCCAGCGAGCUGCACCAGCUGCAGCGGCUGACGAUCGUGCACGGCCACGGCUCGGCGCUGGAGCGGCCGCACGAGAUGGACGCGUUCCUCGACUACCUGCCGCAGCUGAGGGAGCUGCAGGUGCUCUCCAUCUACGAAGCCGUCUCCAAGUGUCAGCUGCGGAAGCUGGCCGCCGCGCUGCCGGAGCUGCCCGAGCUGCGCUUCUGCCGAGUGCUGGCCGUGUCGAUCAACCCGAUCGGUGCCCUGGCGGCGCUCGGUAUAGGCGCCCGGCAGGCGCCCAUGCUGAAGAUGGUGCACGUGAAGCUGGACCGUAAGCCGACGUCCGACGAAACGCUGUCGCUGAAGACCCUGACUGAGGUUCUGUCGCACCGGCUGGGCGAGCCGCGCCGCGACAACGUCGGGUUCUACCUUACGGAGGGCUCCUACAACCCAAACGAUGUCGAGUUCAUUCCGCUGUGAGGCUUCCGAGAGGUCGGAGGCUUCUCUGGGCUACCGGGAAGGCGGUAGGGGCAGCCAGGCCUGCGUUGGCAGUGGUCACCCCGCUACCCCUACGCUGAUGAAGCGAAGAGCAAGCCCAGACGGAGCUGAACCAGUGCUGUGGUUCAACGAAACAGAAGUACGUUCCUCCUUGUAUUUAUCUCCUUUGGUUUUAUACUUUGCACCUUUGUAGAGUUGUACAUGUUUGACAGCGAGAGUUUUACGUUUUAUUCGUUUUUUUUUUUUUUUACUUGGCAUCACUUCUUUUUAUAUAUUUGAUCGAUAUCAUUUCGUUAUCGUUUGUCCUCAUUACAAAUUCCGUGUUAUUUUUUAAAUAAUGAUUUAACACUUUUCGCGUCACGUUUUUCUCUUCCUGACACUGGCGGAUCCAAGGGACGUUUGGGGCAAAUUUACCCCUCGCAGCGCCCGAAAUCGAUGAAAAUUUGUCGUUUUUUUCUAGAAAAGAAAAGAAAACUAAACAACAUAGGAAAAGGUUUACAUCACACUGCACAGCAACCCAUGAGCCAUGAGGAAUCAAAUUCCGAAGGGUCUUUGGAAUCAGGAGUUUUCAGGGGUGUGCCCCCCCCCCCCCCCCCCCAGCGUGCGAGACCGCCUUUCUGGAUCCGUCAUUGCUACCAGACAUACCUAAAGACAACCUCAGUCUGCCAAUUUGUAUCCUAUAUAUACGAUGAGUCGUUGCUUUUGAUUACCAAUCUUUUUUUUAACCAAUCUAGCAUUCCAAAAGUGUAAUAUUUGAAAAGAGAGAAAAAAACGGAAUAAGACGAAAACUCUCGCAUGUGUAUCCUGUAUUUAGUAAUCAAGUGUGUUUCUACAUACUUACUGGGUGUCUAUGGCUACAAGAAGUGGCGCCAGGUCAGCUAUUUAUUCCAGAGCCAAUAGCUUUUGUAAGUUGAUAUGGCGACUCAGGUUCCUUAUACGGGUAUUUACUUUCCAAGAGCUUUCUAGAGUGCUUACAUCUGGAGAGAAGAUUCUCCGGAUAGAUGUUUGUACUCGUAUUUUUGUGUAGCGUGCUUGAUGGUGUUAAGUGUGAGCUGGCUGUAACGUAAGGCGAGCUUUGGUAUCUAGCCAUCAAUGGCUAGCGCUCAAUGUUUUUGGACUUCUUGAAUCGUGAAAUAGUUUCUUUAUCGAUGGUGAUCGGAGAUGCUGUGGCAAGAUUGCUGAGCUCGAUUUGUUUGGUCAGUGCGAUAGCUUUCACUAAAAGUGCUUUCAGCAAAGUAUGCUUAGGGUGAUGCAGAAUUAUGAUAAUGCUUUUGAACAAGAUGUUCAUGCAUACGUCCUACAGAGCAGCAUUUAUCAACAAUGUUUCAAAGCUGGUACAAAGAUGAUCUCGGUCGCAGUGAUGUGCGAUUUUCUAUCAUGCAGCGUUGUCUUUCCAUGCGUAGUGUGCCUUGCUGUAAAAGCUAGUAAGCCGAGGUAAAGUAAGCACCGUGAACCAAAGGGAAGUUCUUUUGUGGCAUUUAUACAUCCGAUUGACCAGGUGACCUGACUGCGAAGUAAUGUAGCUGUAUAUAGUGUGCAGUGUGGUACUUAACUGGGCAGAAAAUACACGACUUUCGAGAAGU